UAUUCGACACCCGCGUUUACAGGCUAUUAGGGUUUAUGAUGGAAUGAGGAAGAUUUCCUGCGCGCUGCGCUCGAUCUCUCUUCCUGCUGGAUCCAGAGCCAGGUAUCUCUCAUCGCAAUCGAUUCUAUUCCCCGCGGCCGGAGCGGAUCACGAUUACUCGCGGCUCCUGCAAGAAUGCCGGGGUGUGGAAGAUCUUGCGAGAGGUAGGGGGAUUCAUGCCCGCCUAGCGCAGGAGACAGGGCUGCUGGAGGAGUCGUUUUGCGUGGGGAACAAUCUCGUCAGCAUGUACAGCCGGUGUGGAAGCCUGGGCGACGCAGUUGCCGCGUUUGGGAAAAUCCGGGCGAGGAAUGUGGUGUCCUGGAACGUGAUGAUCUCGGCCUACAGCAGCUACAAGAGCUUCCAAGAGGCGCUGGCGCUCUUCCACGCAAUGCUGCUCGAAGGAGUGGCUCCAAACGCGAUCACGCUGGUGGCGGUGUUGAAUUCCUGCGGGAGUUUUCGCGAGCUCCGGGAUGGGAUUCUCGUGCAUGCUCUCAGCUUGGAGCGGGGAUUCUUCCAGAACACUUUGGUGGCCACCGCGCUUCUCAACAUGUAUGGGAAGUGUGGAACACUCUUGGAUGCGCAGUCGGUCUUUGAAGAGAUGGCCGAGAAGAACGUCGUGACUUGGAACGCGAUGCUGGGGGUUUACUCUUUGCGAGGCUGCUGCUGGAAGCUCGCGGUGGAGCUCUUCACCAGGAUGCUGCUCGAGGGUGUCAAGGCGAAUGUCAUCACUUUCCUCAACGUGCUCAACUCCGUGGUGGAUCCCGACGCUCUUCGCAAAGGCAAGUUCAUUCAUUCUUGUGUCCGUGAGAGCGAGCAUUCUCUGGAUGUUUUCGUGAACACCGCACUGGUUAACACGUACACCAAGUGUGGCAGCUUGACUGACGCAAGGAAAGUUUUUGAUGGAAUGCCUUGCAGGAGUGUCGGUACUUGGAACUCGAUGAUUUCGGCGUAUUCCAUUAGCGAGCGCAGUGGAGAGGCUUUCUUCAUUUUCCAGAGAAUGCAGCACGAAGAGAACCUCCAGCACGGGAAGCACGUCCGGGAAAGCAUCAGCGAGACUAGUUUCGAGCUCGAUCUAUUCGUUGGGACGGCUCUCAUCACCAUGUAUGCGAGGUGCCGGAGUCCGGAGAAUGCAGCUCAAGUUUUCGGUCGAAUGAAGCAGAAAAAUCUCAUCACCUGGAGUGCGAUAAUCACAGCUUUCGCUGACCAUGGUCACUGCGGAGAGGCCCUACGCUACUUCAGGAUGAUGCAGCAGGAAGGGAUUCUUCCCAACAGGGUGACUUUCAUCAGUCUUCUCAACGGAUUCACAACUCCCUCCGGUCUCGAGGAACUCAGCCGGAUCCAUCUCCUUAUCACGGAGCAUGGACUCGACGACACCACCACCAUGAGCAACGCUCUUGUCAACGUUUAUGGACGUUGUGAGAGUCCGGACGACGCAAGGACAGUGUUCGAUCAACUCGAGCUUCCGAAUCUCAUCUCGUGGAACUCGAUGAUUGGAAUCUACGUGCAGUGCGAGAGACACGACGACGCUUUGCAGCUCUUUCGGACCAUGCAGCAGCAAGGGAUCCAACCAGACAGAGUAAAUUUCAUGACCAUCUUGGGAGCCUGUACGAUUGGCUCUCACGGAAGAACUCGCAAGUUAGUGCACCAAUGCGUCGAAGAGAGUGGACUGGGAGGCUCGCCCCUGGUGCAAACAUCCCUGGUGAACAUGUAUGCCAAAGCUGGGGAGCUCGAUGUAGCAGAGGUGAUCCUGCAAGAGAUGGACGAGCAGCAGAUAACCGCAUGGAACGUCCUCAUCAAUGGGUACACACUACACGGGCGAAGCAGGGAAGCUCUGGAAACUUACCAAAGGCUCCAGCUCGAAGCCAUCCCAGUGGACAAGGUUACCUUCAUCAGCGUCCUCAACGCAUGCACAAGCUCAACGUCUCUGGCCGAAGGCAAGAUGAUCCAUUCCAACGCUGUGGAGUGCGGCCUCGACUCCGACGUGAUCGUGAAGAACGCACUGACCAACAUGUACUCAAAGUGCGGCAGCAUGGAGAACGCUCGCAGGAUCUUCGACAGUAUGCCCAUCCGCAGCGCGGUGUCCUGGAACGGCAUGCUCCAAGCCUACGCUCAACACGGAGAGUCCGAGGAGGUGCUCAAGCUUAUCAGAAAAAUGGAACAGGAGGGCGUGAAGCUCAACGGAAUCACUUUCGUCAGUGUUCUCUCGUCGUGCAGCCACGCCGGUUUGAUCGCAGAAGGCUGCCAAUACUUCCACUCUCUGGGCCACGACAGGGGGAUCGAAGUAAAGACCGAGCACUACGGCUGCCUCGUAGAUCUUCUGGGAAGAGCAGGGAAGCUCCAGGAGGCCGAGAAGUAUAUCAGCAAAAUGCCAUCGGAACCAGAGAUCGUUACCUGGGCCAGCCUUCUCGGAGCGUGCAGAGUUCACAAAGAUCUCGACCGGGGAAAGCUCGCCGCGAGGAAGCUCCUCGAGCUGGAUCCAGGCAACUCCUCGGCCAGCGUGGUUCUCUCCAACAUCUACUCGGAGCGCGGAGACUGGAAGAACGCUGCGAAGCUGAGAAGAGCCAUGGCCAGCAGGCGAGUGAAGAAGGUCCCGGGCAUCAGCUCGAUCCAGGUGAAGAACAAAGUUCACGAGUUUCGAGUCCGGGACACGAGCCAUCCUCGAGCAGCGGAGAUUUACGACAAAGUGGAGGAGCUGUGCUUUGCGAUGAGGGAGGCAGGCUACGUCCCAGACACAAAGAUGGUGCUGCACGACGUGGACGAGGAGCAAAAGGAGAGCUUGCUGGCUUACCACAGCGAGAAGCUGGCAAUCGCGUUUGGGUUGAUAAGCACUCCGGAGAAGAGCUCGCUACACAUCUUCAAGAACUUGAGAGUGUGCGAGGACUGCCACACGGCGACCAAGUUUAUCUCCAAGAUCACCGGGCGAGAGAUCGUCGUCCGCGACAACCACAGGUUCCACCACUUCAGGGAUGGCUCCUGUUCGUGCAAAGAUUACUGGUAAAACGAAAUGAAUAAUCAUGCAUUCUUUUUCUUU